UAUACUUUGACGACGCGAUGCCAAAUCCACCACCAAAAGAAGAUACUUGGGCAUUCCAGAAGAUUGGAACAGCAUUCCCGCCGCAUCCUGUGAAGGUCAUGGGAGAACAGAAUAUGUAUGUCGCACUAUGGUACAAACAUGGAAAACCAAUUCAUGGACGUUCUUGGAACAAUGGAGGAGUCGUAGAAUGCUCAUUUCCCUACAAAAAAGCCGAACUGCGAACAGCGCAGCAGCUAGAAGGAAAUAUCCAGGUACUUCAAUAUAUGGGCGAUCAUAACACGCAAGGCUUCUGGUACGAAUGGAUCAAAUACAAGGAACGUUUCGAUAAAGCGGAAGGCCGCCAACUUGUAAGAUGUGGAGACUCAUUCCCGAUUUUCUGGAAAGACAGACCCGAGGGACCAUUGCUAGGAUACGUUGAUAACAAAACAGAGGUUGCACUGUUUUCGUGUGACGGAAAAGUCUACGAGAAGAAAGGAGGCGAACUCGGCGACAUGUACAUCAUUAUGAGAAACACUGUUGGAGGACCGCCAUUCUGUGACUGUCCACACUGCCCGAAACCGCCACCGCCACCUCCUACACCUGCACCGGGACCACCGCCACCAAGGGUAAUGAUCGACGAAUGGAUGGAUAUUCGUGCCGGAGAUCCUUGGCCAGACAAGUCUUUGGUGAAAGCACUCGACAAGACACUCGACACCAUUCCGGGAGAAAACCCAGACCAGUAUGUGGCACUAUGGUACCAGCAGGGAGAGCCUGUCAUGGGGCGCAUAUGGAACGAAGGCGGAAAAGUGGCAGCCAACUUCUGCUGGAACAAGAACGAGUACAAGGGCAAUGUAGGCUCUAUUCAAGUACUAGUUCACCUUUCCGAACAUGUGCGAGGCUUCGAUUACAGCUGGAUUCCAUUCCCGCAGGCUGCGUCAUUUGACAAAGACAAGGAGUGGAUUCCAGUGCACGUCAAUAACGACAAAGGAGAUAUCUCAGCGGGCGUGAUAACUAUGGAUGGCAAACAAAUUCUUGGAAAAGUUGACAUCAAGAACGAAAGAUCAGCAGCAGGAUAUGGCGGCAAAGAAAAUAUGCUCGUCGGGCCCGCUUGUGCUAGCAAUACGGUGGUUCUAUGCCGUAAAGCAAGACCCGGUUAUAAAUUUGACUAGAAUAAAUGCUUUCUUGCUGCUCAAUAAAUUAAUUUUAGGUUAUUCGAUUACGGAAUCCCAUCCUAUUUCGCAUCCAACAAAACAUAAUUCGCAGCCAACAAAAUUGACUUCGCCGUUAACAAAACCCUCUAGCUCUUACCGUGACAGCUUCUCGUGCAACGUCUAUCUUCUUCUUCUCUUUCUCCUUCUUGGGCUUGGGGCUAUUGGGUGCCGACUUAUUACCUCCUCUAGUGGCUAGC